AGGGAAAUAGGAGCCCGGAGCUCUUCCAGAGAAAUUCAUGGACCUUGAAGUGACGAUGAUCAGUUUGCGGCCACCACGGACACUCAUGGCGAGUUGGUGGAGUCACUAGAAGCUUUGACUGUGCUAGAAAGUAGAGUAAGUGGUGGUGGUGAUGAUGGUGGAGGUGGUGAUGAACCUCCGUACGUCAGCACUGCUGCUGGGAGCAAUCAUCAUCACUGCCUAUGUUAUCUUCGGGACACCAACAUUCACUACCACAAGCAACAGGAGGAAGAGGAAGAAAGUGCUUAAUAAUGAAAGUGACUUUGGUGGUGAUGCCUGCGCUGGAGAGGUGCUCAGUGCUCUCCGGGGACACGGUUGGGUCAUCUCUUCAGAGGAGCAAGACACACAUGAGCUUUUCCAUGUGCUCACUGCCACUAUAGACGAUGAGCUGACGAGUGCCACCGCUGUUCCUUCACUUCUGGAUGUGUCAUGGAUGGAAGUUAACUGUGUAGACUCCCUGGAUGAUGGAGUGGUCUUAAAAGCAAAUUCAUGGCAACAGACUGGUGAACAAGUUAGUGUUAAGGAAGAGUGUGUAGACAGGAUGGAAUUGCAACCAAAGAACACUGCUAACAUAGGCAAAAGAAGUGACAAUUUUUCUUAUAAAAUCAAUGGUAUUUUGAUUGAGGGUAAAUAUGAUAAACCACAUGUGGUUACUACUGAUGGAACUAAGACAUACUCUCAGUUGAACAAGAGUGAAAGUGUAAAUGAUACACGCAUUGAGGUUUUAACAAACGAUCUAAUUUGUGAUCAAGAAGGUUGUGAGGGUAACUCUAUGUUAGAAGAGAAAUGCUGCAACCUACAAAGUCUCCCCACUGAUAGUUUUCUUCAUAAUUCAUGGUCAUUGGUGAACAAAAAUAACAUAGUCAAUAUGAAACAUGGCAAUUUGAACUUAAGAAGUACUUGUGAUACCACUGUUGAAUGUGAUAAUAUUAAUAAAUGUACAGAACAUAAAAGUGAUGUUGAAGCUGUAAGAAAUAUAAUUAAAAAUUCUGAAGAUUACGUACAUAAUUUUGAGAAUAACGCUGUAGGUGCAGCACCUAUUGCGGCACGGCCUCGAGAUGCCGAGAACACUUGCAGGAAGAUCCACAAUGAUCAGCAUGAUAGUCCUUUCAGGGGAUACUUGGUCAGCCAGCUACAGUGCACAGUGUGUGGACACAAGAAUUCUGCCCAGUGGACAAGUUUUGAGUCCCUUUCUUUGUCUCUGCCAACAUUACCAUGGGGAGAGGUCACAGUACAAGAACUCUUGGAUUCUUACAUUACACAGGAGCAAGUAACUGAAGUCACCUGUGAGAGCUGUACAAAAAAAUCUGGGUCCAGUGUUAAGACAACAUUUACAAAGCAGCUGACCAUUGGCAAACUUCCAGAUUGUCUGUGUGUUCACAUCAAACGCACUGUUUGGUUGGAGAACGGGACGGCAAUCAAGCGUCGAGACCACUUAGUCUUCCCAGAGUUCCUUAUUAUGGACCCCUAUACCUACGCUACUUCCAUCACAACGCAGGGACUUCAAAAUUGCAAAGUUAGUGGACGUGAUUGCAGCAGUGAUUCAAGCAGCUCAUACUGGUCACAAAGCACUCACCAGUUGCCAAUCUCAUCCAUUAUAAGUCAGAGCGCUACAGCAACCCACAUUGAGCCAAGUUCUUGCAGAUGGUUUUACACCUCUGAUUUGCUAGUACGAGAAGCUAGCUUAGAAGAGGUGCGGAAGGCUAACGCCUACAUGAUCUUGUACGAAAAAGUGACCUAGUGAUGUCUGGCAAGACAUCAAUAUACAACUUUGAUCUGUAUUUUUUAGGUAUUGAGCAUUAUUAUUAUUUUGGAGGGGAUAAGGGUUAAAUUUUAUUUUUACUCUAUAUACCUCUCAAAGUGCAUAUUAUCUGUUGUCCAGGAUAGGCUUCCACUUUAGGUGUUGUUGUUACAUAUUGUAAUUUUAUCUUUGUGCUUGCUUUAAAAAGAAUUUCAGAAAGGAAUCCAUUUUGUAUAUGAAAGAUGAGGUCUGUCAUUUUCUGUUUAGCUUAUUAAUCUAAGUGUACUUACUGCAUGUAAAAUUUUUAAGAGAGUAACAAGUUCAAUUUUGAAACCAAACAUUUACUUACACUGCAACAGUUUAUUUACAAGCUGUCAUAUUUUGGAGAUUCUCAUGUACUGACUUGAGAUUCAGGAAGAUUCAGUUUACAUUUUCAUUUUUUAUUUUCAGUAUUUAUUUUACCUACUUUUUAUCGUGACUGUAAAACCUCCAUCCAGAGUUCAGCCAUUAACCCUAAUUGAGCUGUGGAUCCAGCCAUCAGCCCUACAGGAGCUGUGGAUUUAGUCAUUGAAUCUAUUGGAGCUACAGAUCCAGAUGUCAGGUUCACCACAGCUUCAGGAUGGCAUGCCCUUAAGCCAGCAGAAGUGAGCUAGUAUAUAUAUGUUUAUAUGGAUACAAGAAUACAAUGGCACCUCUACCCAGUGGAGAUAAAUGGUAUAAAAUACCAACAUAAUGGAAAACUAGACACAGAUAUAGUAUAAUGUGAUCUGCAUUAUACUUCAUUAAUGUUUACUUUUCCACCUCUACCUAGUGAUAUUAUUAUUUGUGUAUGAAAUAAUAUCAACAUUAAUGCCUAUAAUAUUAUAACUCUACAUUCUGGUGCUUGGUGAGGUGCAUAAUAAUGUGAGAGAAUAAUAACAUUGUCACACCAUAUAAUUGUUGACUCAAGCAACAAGUGCUUGUUAAGGCCGAAAAUAAUGUGAGUGAGGAAAUUAAUGUUAAGCCAAGAAAUGUGACCAGUGUGUCACAAGAACAUAACAUGCAAACUACACAAUAAUGCAGAGAUUAGUCAUCUGAAAAGGAACCAUAGUUGCAUAUAUUAUGCCAUAACUAGACACUGACAUGCUUGUUACUGUCCCACUUGAGGUAUAUACAGUACUUGCAGGACAACAAAAUCCAUAUGUUAUUGGUCAUAAGGCAAAUUUUUUUUUACUAAAUAAACAUGCCCAAAAUAAUGCCCCUUGUUUUAUGAGUGUAACCCACCCAACGGAAUAUGGAAAAAAUAUCAAAGCAAAAUAUAGUAUUUAUGCUAACGUAACCGCCAUGUCAAUGCUGAGUUGAAGGGUCGUGAGAGUCCCAGGGGACUUGGAGUCGAUCUUACUGCUGUAAGAUUGACCACCAGUGUGUUUUGUAAAUAUAAACUAUAUCAUGUUAAUAAUUUUAUUUAAAUAAAAAAUCUUAAAUA